ACCCGCGUCGUACUCACCGCCAGCAAAAAGCACACUCGUAGUGCUCUCUCUUAAACUAUGACGCAUAUUUGUAUGCAUAGUUAGAUACAAAUAUAACUUUAUUUUCGCCAAUUUUAUCUCCAAAUUUGUUGUCAAAAUGAAUCGGAGAAACGAUCCAAAUCCAUUUGACGAGGAAGAACCUGAAGUCAAUCCAUUUUCGAAUGGUAGUGCGGCUCCAGGUUCAAAGUCACGGAUUCCCCAGAUGGUUACCAGUACCCUGGGUUUUGGCCAGAAAAAUGAUGCCACCGUGGAUAUACCAUUAGAUACAAUGAAUGAUCCAAGGAAAAAAGAGAGAGAACUUUCAAGUUGGGAAGCAGAUUUGAACAGGAGAGAAAGGGAUAUUAAACGUAGGGAAGAUGCUAUUGCCAGUGCUGGUGUUCCUGUGAAUGAUAAAAAUUGGCCUCCCCUUUUUCCAAUUAUUCAUCAUGAUAUAGCCAAUGAGAUACCAGUUCAUGCUCAGAGGUUGCAGUAUCUGGCUUUUGCAAGUUGGUUAGGUAUUGUUCUUUGCCUUGUCUUCAAUGUUAUCGCCAUCACGAUUUGUUGGAUAAAGGGCGGUGGGGUCAAGAUUUUUUUCCUUGCAAUAAUCUAUGCUCUAAUGGGAUGCCCCCUUUCAUACGUUCUAUGGUACAGGCCUUUGUAUCGUGCAAUGAGGACUGACAGUGCACUUAAUUUUAGCUGGUUUUUCCUUUUCUACUUGCUCCACAUUGGUUUUUGCAUAUUUGCUGCAAUUGCACCUCCAAUUGUCUUCCAUGGGAAAUCGUUUACGGGUAUUCUUGCUGCGAUUGAUGUCUUCUCUGACGAUGUCUUCGUGGGGAUUUUUUACCUGGUUGGAUUUGCAUUGUUCUGCCUUGAGUCACUGCUGAGCUUGUGGGUACUUCAGAAAAUAUAUAUGUAUUUCCGAGGGAACAAGUAAUACUUGGAUCAGGAAACUGUAGGUUUCUCUGAGGGGCACAAGUAUGUACAUUUCUCUUACUGGUAAUGUGUGUUUCUUCUUGUUGAGGCGAUGGAAAUAGAUGUUAUGAAACGAUUGGAUUGGAUUUUCCGAUAGAAAUUAUACUACUAUUACCGUGGCAUGUUUAUGUAUUCUAAAUAUUGCAGUAGGUAGAUAGAACUCGAUUCUGCUACUAUUUGUUUUAUUUGUUGGAAUUUAAGAGGGUUCGAGUUUUCUUUCGUCGCUGCUCAUCUUUGAGUUUAUGUAUCCUUGAAUAAUCUGUUCACAAUACAGUAUGUAGAACUUAAUAGAAAAUUAUUUGGAAAAUCUUAA